AUGGUUACAGUCGCCUUUCUACCUGCUGAGCCCGAGCGGUGCUGCCUGGACAUCGACUCGCUCAUCGCGACCCUGCCGGCGUCGAUUCGCGUCGCUCGACACGUGGAUGCAGCCACCGACGCGCUGGUGUGGCUUCCCAACAUCGCGCAGGGCAACACGGCUCCCGAGGUCGCACGAUUGCUCGAGGGGAGCAAUGUCAAGUGGAUGCAGCUGCCCAUGACGGGUGUCGAUGACUACAUGCCCAUCAUCCGUGCCACGCGCGGUAGGAUUCAGUGGUCGUGUGCCAAACCCCCGCCCGACACGACGCGCGUCGACACGCUGCAGGGAAAGCAGGUGGUCGUUGUGGGCAACGGCACUAUCGCCAAGGCACUCGUCAAGAUGCUGCUUCCUCUUGGAUGUGUGGUUUCGACCUACGAUUCUGCUUCGGCUCCAGAGUGGGAAAAGGCAGAUGUCGUGGUGCUGGCAUGUCCACUCACGGCCACAACGAUGCAUCUGGGCAACCACGCCAUGUUGGCCCGACUGCGCCGCGGUGCGCUGUUGGUCAAUGUGGCGAGGGGAGAGGUGGUGCAUACGCCUGCACUCAUCAGCGCCAUCCGCUCCGGACUAAAGGCUGCUGUCGACGUGCUGGACCAGUCCGAGCUCGACACGCAACAGAAGGAGGAGGUGCAGAGGCUGGUGGGCGAGGGAAAACUGCUUGUCACGCCGCACUCGGCUGUACCCAUGCGCAUCGUCCCCCAGGUGCUCGGCGAGAGGAUCAGGCAGAAUCUAGCCCGCAUCGAGCAGGGAUCUUGGCACGACUGCAUUGGCGCCGUCGAUCCAGACAAGGGCUACUAG